AUGCAUCUCCUUUGGGAGAAUACCAUCAAGAACCUAGUUUCUCUUUGGACUGGCGAAUUCAAAGGACUCGACGUCGGAACCGGAUCAUACGAGUUCGAGAAGAGCGUGUGGGAGGCCAUUGGAGCGGCAACUGCCACUGCAGGCUCCACCAUCCCGAGCUGCUACGCCAGCGCUCGCCCUCCUAAUGUCGCCUCCAAUCGCACCGCAACCACAGCGGACUCUUGGUCCUUUUGGACGCUCUUUCUUGGUCCUGUUCUUUUACGGCGCCGGUUCUCUCAUCAAAAAUAUUACGAGCAUUUUGUAGACCUCGUCGUCCUCCUCCACAUCUGCCUGCAGUUCACCAUCACAGCCGUCGAUGUCGUGCGGCUUCGCGAAGGUUUCGCUUCAUGGGUUGAGAAAUACGAAGAGCUGUACUAUCAGUACGACCCCUCGCGUCUUUCUGCAUGCCCAGUCACGAUUCACGCCCUCCUUCACAUCGCGGACACUAUCGACGCUUGUGGCCCGGUAUGGGCAUAUUGGGAAUUCCCGAUGGAGCGUUACUGUGGCCUCAUCCGUCCUGCUAUCAAGAGCCGCAAGCACCCCUUCGCGUCUCUUGACCGCUAUAUCGUUGAGAGCGCACAGAUUCUCCAGAUUCAAUUGGUCUAUAACAUACAGGACCCGUCCAUCUCGCUUCAUCCUCUCAAGAAGGAAGUCUCGUUGAGGUCUGGUUUGAGUGAUCCCGCAUAUCCUACUUGUACACUUCUAAGUCCCCGCCGUCAGAUCAAACAUGCCGAUCCGCUCAUCGCCAAGAUCACGAAGGCGCUCGCCACCCGAUACAACGCCCAGCACAACUUCGCCACUCUUAAGCGGUGCAUGUUAGAAGGAUACGUGGAGGAGUGGGGACGGGUUGCUAUCGACGAGGGAGAUACCCUAUACACAGCAUCGUCUGUGAAUGGUACGCUCGGGGAAGAACGUCGUGAUGCUACGUAUGUGCGCUAUCAUAUCAUGGUCGAUAGGUUUGCGCACCUGCGCAACGUCGAACCCAUGUACGUUCCGCAGACACAUUACGGGCGUUUACAACAUGUCGUCGCCGUCCAUCUUCCACGAUACCCCACACUUGGCCUCGACGAACCCGAGACCGUGUUUCUCGCCGGUGUCACAGCGUGCGAGAUCGAAGCUACACACGGCCGCCUCGAUAUCCACUACUAUACGCACGAGUCGAAGGCAGAGGAGUUCGUGGACGUCACUUGUGUGCAGUGUUUGGUCGCACGCAUGAAGGAUGAAGGGAAUCGGUGGGCUAUUAUGGAUCGUAGCGGCUCUCUUUCGAGGCCUGACUUUGUAGAUACAUGA